CCACCACACAUCCACAUUUCUAACUCCUACCGAUAAACUACAGUCGCUUAACUACACAAUGUCGAAAGAUAUCGAGGAGAAGAGGCUGAAGAAGGAGAAGAAGGACAAGAAGGAAAAGAAGGAAAAGCGCGCGGAGACCGAUGGCGUGUCCAAGAGCAAGAAGGACAAGAAGGAGAAGAAGGUCAAGGGCGAUGUCGAGAUGGUAGACGCGCUCGAGGCCGAGCUUGAGAAAGAGCCAGAAGUCUCCAUGGUCAACGUCGUUGACGGCAGCGAUGAGCCGCGCGGCGCACUCGUUCCCUUUGCAUUCCCUCUUGCAGACAAUGACAAGGAGGUCAAGAAGAUCCUCAAGACUGUCAAGAAGUCCGCCAAAUCCAAGACCCUCCGUCGUGGUGUAAAGGAAGUCGUAAAGGCGCUGCGCAAAUCCGCCGCCUCAAGCGCAGGUACUUCCAGCGACCCCAGCGCCAUUGUCGUUAUCGCUGCCGAUAUCUCGCCCAUGGACGUCAUUGCGCAUAUCCCCGUUCUUUGCGAAGACCACAACGUACCGUACAUCUACAUCAAGAGCCGCGCGCAGCUUGGUGAGGCUAGCGCAACAAAGAGGCCCACCAGCGUGGUCAUGAUUGGCAAGGAGAGGAUGGGUAAGAAGGCAGGCGAGGGCGACGAGGAGUUCACCGAGGCGUACGGUGAGCUCGUCAAGGUUGUUGGCAAGGCCGCCAAGACGGUCAGGAAGUAAAGAGAGCAAUGCGCAUGCGGCGAGUUUGGGCGAGAAGCUGUUCGAUCAUGUAUCGAGUGUAUUGUUCAAAACGGGAAUGAGGAGUCUGGCGUUUUUCACCCCAAUGGUUGGCUAACUAGUCCUCCUACUGUUAUUGCUUUAGUUCUAGGGACUAUGCUAGGCUUGCAAUAUACCUCUACAAAACUUCAAGACUCUGUUCAUCCGUUCAGGCCACUUCUUGACUGAUCUCGACUCUGUAGGCACCGUAAAGACAGAUGCCUGUAGAGGCUGCUGGUCUUGCACAAUUAUCUGUCAGGACCACAUCCCAAACAUCAUCUCAUCGCCCUAACAAUCGCUC